AUGCCCUCGCAAUCUAGAACCCGUUGCCAGGACGGUGGAGAAUCAGAUGAACGACAGGAGCACAAGAAGGGCCCAAUGGUUCAAGAACAAGUUCGUGCUGGAGGAGCAUCAUCGCCUGUUGCAGGAAGAAGACGAAUCUCUAGUGGAAGCCGCAAGAGUCCAGGAAAAUCUCUUGCCAAAAGUCGAAGUUUCCGCCAACGAGACAGCAGUUCGCACCAUCGAAGGAAUACUCCCUUGGAGGGCGAACAAGAGAGUACAUCACAGAUGAAACGCAAUCAUUCCCUUGGAAGGCAGUUGAACCUUUCCAACAGCUCCCACCGCAGACUGGGCGAACAAGACAGCACUCCACAGAUGAAACGCAUUCAUUCUUUGGGAGGACAAUUGCAUACUUCCAAUAGCUCCCAUCGCAGAAGGGGUGAACUUGCGAGCACCCCACAGAUGAGACGCAAUCAUUCCUUUGGAAGACAACUGAAUACGCCCAAUAGUAGCUCCCACCACUCACCACACAUGAGACGCAACCAUUCGUUUGGAAGACAAUUGAGCUCCCACCACAGAACGGGUGAGAUUGAGAGUACACCGCAGAUGAAACGGAAUCAUUCGUUUGGAAGGCAGUUGGAUAUUUCCAAUGGCUCCAACAGCUCACACCGCAGAAGCAACAACAAGUCCACUUUUUCGAAGAAAGACUUGUUGCUGGCAAGGAACGGCAGCGGAGCUAGUCAGACUAGAGAUCGCACUGGUCGGCGAAAAAAGAACAAACAGACUGUGCUACGAGCCAGUGCCGCUUGCGAUCUUGGGACAGCUCAAGUGAAUGUAUUUCAGACGUUGGAGCGUGGCCUUCAUUGUCAGCAGAAGCAAUCCUUGGAGCACCAAUCGGAUAUUUCGGAAAGCAGUCGUUCGCUGAAUCCAGCUACAUCUAACGGAAUCGGGUCAUCCAAAAUUCCGUUGGGUGAAACUAGCGCUCAAAAUGCUGUUUCAAAGCGAAAUACAGAGCCUGGAUUGGACAAGCCAAAGGAAGCAACCCAAGAACCUGUAAAGAGAAGUUCAGAUCCAGUCAAGUUGGAACUGGAUGACGGUGUACAGCCUCGGCCUGGCUAUGGUCGUCGAUUCUCCUGGUGGAACCUUCCCAGCAGCAGUGAUCUGGGAGAUUUGGAGGUAGACGAAGAUGAUGAUGAUCUACCACCUCAAGUGGUUCCUCCUUCAAGACGAUCGUCAAUCAUGGCAGAAGAAGAGAAACCAAAGAAGUCUAGCAGCAUUAACCCAAUGUCCACUCCAAAGCAAUCCAAAAAGGCCGGACGAAGGUCUACUGGUCAGAAGAAAUCUCUGAGAACAAAGUCCUCUUUUGAUUCGAUGGAUUCCGCUCUCACCCAAACGACCGAUGCCGAGAGCGGAUCUUGGCAGGCCGAUUCAAGCGGUGAAUUGCUAAGCCCCACCACCCAAAAAGCCCCGAUAGAUGAAGAUUUAGUGUCACCACUUCCAUCUAUCCCCAGGAUGAAGAGGCUGGACAAACAACUGUCCAGUGGAACUUGUACCACGGAGUCCAGCAGCUGUUCCGGUUCCUCGGUCAAAAAGAGCAAGGAACAUCGCUCAAAGAAAAGCAAGCGCCGCAAGUCAGCAAAGGAAGGUGUUGAGCAUAAUCGAACUGCCAAAGCAGAUGCGGAAACCAAAGAUGCGGUCUUGGAAGGUAUUGUGAGUCGACCAAUCCAAGAUUCACCAGGGGACCAUUCCAUCCGUUCUACGAAAAGAAUUCCCGAGGCCUCCUCUCACAGCCAAACCAGUGCUACGAGACGGAAUAACCGAGGAUCCAUGAAAGAAGGCAGCAAGCGCAAUGUUGCGGAAAAGGAGGACUUGGACGGAAGCAGGCGUGGACCCGUCCGAGUUUCAUUAGAGGACCAUUUCAACUGUUCGAAGAACCAAAGUUUCAAUCGUUCGAUGAAUCGAAGCUGCGAUUUCUCGUUUUGCAGCCGAGGCAGCACGACGAAACGAAGCGUUCGAAAAUCCAUGUCCAUCAAACAAAGCAAUAUGGAUGCUUCCAGAUCCAGCAUGUCUGUGUCUCUUAGUGAUGAUCAAGAUGAUGUAUCCAUUGGCUCAGACUUUGAGGGUAGCGUGGACUUUGAUUUCGAAGAGGAAGAUAUGAAUAAAGAACCAUCAGCGCCAGGUGUCGAAAUCUUGAAUGGAGAAGACAGCUUCCAGAUUCUUGGUGACGAUAGUAAGCACAAAAGCACGAGAUCCAUGAUAAAGGGCAAGACCCAGCGUUCAAGCGGUGGAAAUUCUCAUUCUGGAUCCAUCCAAAGAAACAGGAGAUCAGCAACUCUUGCGCCAUCGAAAAAGGGCAUUGCCGUAAUGGAAAUGUAA